AUGAGCGCGUGGGGCGACGGCAGCGGAGACGGCAACCCGGACGAGUGCAAGCUGCUGAGCGGCAGCUUCGCGGCGGGGCUGCAGGUUCUCUUGGGGCUCAUCGCCAUGUCCGUGCUCGUGCUCAAGCGGCUGCGCGAGGUGCCGCGACGCCCGCUCAUGGUGUGGGCUUUCGACGCCUCCAAGCAAAUGAUCGGCGCCACGUUCGCGCACGUGGCGAAUCUGCUCAUCGCCAUCCUGCUCUACUCGUACCAACAGGAGCAACUCACGGACGAAGAAGCUGUGGACCAGUGUGCGCUGUAUUUCGUGAAUUUCACGUUGGAUACGACUUUUGGCGUCUUCCUCAACUACGUCCUGCUCUCCGGCGUGGUGUUGCUGGCCCAUCGCUUCGGCUGGACGUCACUUAAAACUCCUGGAGACUACGGUAUUCCCAUCCGCGUUCGCACGUGGCUGCUGCAAGUGAUUUCGUGGAUCAUCGUCAUCUUCUCGUGCAAAUUCUUCAUCGCGUCCCUCAUCGUGGUGUUCGAGAAGCCGCUGGGAGCGUUCGCCGUGCUGCUGUUCAAGCCGCUGGACAAGCACCCGGAGGUCGAGUUGGCGCUCGUCAUGAUCGCGUGUCCGUGUUUGAUGAACGCGCUGCAGUUCUGGAUCCAGGACAAUUUCCUAAAGAAGGAUGUUCGGGACGAAAGUUUCCUCGUGGCGCAGGCGGCGCAGUCCCCCGCUGGAAGUUUGAACGGCGACGGCAAAUUGCCCAGUUUGGGUACGCCUACUGACGACGAGUGCAGCGAGCCCGGAGAGGGAGACGUCAAACUCGCAGUAGUGACCGACAUCAGCAACAAGCGAGAGGCAGAUCCCAAGCAGCUCAAACUCGACCUCUCGUCCGUGUGA